AUGGCAUGGCGUAGUGGUGAGAUGGCUGCGCCGCGGGUGGCGCUAGCAGCGCUCCUCGCCGCGCUCGUCGUGUCGGCCACCUCGCGCUCGCCCACGCAAGAACCUGUGCAAUUCGAAGCGGCUUUUCAAGGUGCCGCUACGCCCAACGAUUUUACUUUUGCAUGUGAUCAAGAGUGGUGUGAUGACUGGUGUCUAGGACCUACCUAG